AUGAAGUCGGUUUUGAUUUUCCCUCUCUCUCUGUGGGUUGUCGGCGCCCUUGCACACGCUGCCAUUCCUUUGAAUAUCGGGGAACCUUGCUCGCGAGGUCAUCGAGGAAUCUUGUUCCGUGUCACUGACCCAACAGAUUUUGCUCAAGGAUGCCAAGUCACUGCAGUUUUGAAAAAAGACUGCCUUCAGCUUUUUAGAGGCAACAAGGAAACAGCACGGAUCGCUCUCGACGCCAUCGAGACUCCGGUACACAUUGUGCCAUAUCAUAAGACUUGUCUGUCAAUCAAACCCGCGUCAAGGGAUGCCGAGAUCCUGUGCUGUGACAACGAGAACUGCAGAGACGCAUGGUGGAUGGCUCUGUCUGAACAAAUCCUCUGCCUGCACAAAGGUGCCAUGCGGAACGAAGUGUCCGGUGAACCAACCGUUGAGGAAGAGGAGCGUGAAGUCCUAGAACAAGUCGUUGAGAAACCAUCGGAGGGUGGUGUUACCAUUCACGUUGAGAAGAGUCCCGAGGGCGUCGAACCGGUUUUAACCGUGCACCCCAGUUUCAAGCAGAGCGAUGUUCACCCGCAUUAA